GUUGCCCAAGACACUUUCCUUCAAUCCAGGCGGGUUGUUUGCCUUUGAAUGCCUCCCACUCAGGCCUUGCAUUGUGGUGAGUGGCAGCCGAGAUGAAGGGAGUUUUGUUGGCUUUUCUGGUCCUAGGGCAGUUUUUCUACUCUCCAGGAGGCUCUGGGAUUCUUCCUUCUGCCUUCACUAAAUGCCAGGCGGCUUCAAGGACCUGCUACAGUGCCCAGUUGGCCAGGCUGGCUUUCCAGAAGGCCCAGGAGGCCUGCACAGGACAAGGAGGUGGCCUUAGCACUGCCAACAGUGCCACCGAAGUGAGCACCAUCCUGACUCUGCUCGGUAAUCUCGGCAACACCUCUGACACCCACUUUUUCUGGCUGGGCUUAGUGAGGAAGGCCCAGCAAUGCACCAGGGAGGACCUGCCACUGAGGGGCUUCUCCUGGGCCUUGGCUGGUGAUUCCAUGGAGAUGGUAAGGAACGAGAGUGGCCUAGGCUGGCUGAGGGAGCCCAGCAAGUCGUGUACCGUGGAGCGCUGUGCCGGGUUGCAGGUAAUGCCAGGAGGGCCUCGUUUGGAGCCGUGGGGACUGAGGGAUCACAUCUGCACUAAAGCCAGUGCAGGCUAUGUCUGCAAGUACAUCUAUGAUGGUGGCUGCUCUGCUCUCAAGCCAUCAUCCAGCCUAGGGUACUUAUUGCCCCAUUCACACCUCCAAAGUGCGGCCAUCGAGUUCAGCCCGCCAGGAACGGAGCUCACUCUGAGGUGCCCCAGAGGCCGAGAAGCUCGCUUCACUUGCCGCCUCUCAACUGAUGGCUAUCACUGGGAAAGAGAGACGGAGGAGUGGCUCUGUUCCUGCCCCAGCGGAUACUGGAGCCCCAAAGAGGCGGCCUGCAUGGAGCUCGACACCUGUCAGGAUCCUCAAGGUGCCUUCUUUUGUCUUUGUGCUUUGGGCUCCCGCUUAGGGACCAAUGCGAAGGCCUGCCUCCAGGCUGUACAAAAUGGUGGUGCUGCCUCAACAUCACAGCCUGGCUUGCUUUCAGCAGUGCCUAGCAACAGCUCUGUGGAGGAGCGCUUUCCUACUGAGGUCAAUGGGAGCAUGGCUGAGGAGGCACCGCGACCUCUGUCGGACUCCUCCAACUACAUCUUCAUCCUCAUCACAGUGGCUGUGGUGAUGCUGGUGAUCCUGGUCAUGGCAGCACUGCAGGUCUUCCAGUUCUGCUUCCGAAGGUGCUCUCCUUCUUCCUCUGCUUCCAAGGAGCCUGCUGGGAAGGAUGGAGCAACUGUUGGAGCUGAGAAAGGUGACACUGAGGCCUCUGCCACCCGCACCAACUCGGAGCACUCUUUGGGGCCCAGCAAGGCUGAGUCCCUGGAGGCCUCACCAGAGGAGGCCUCACCAGGAGGCCAACUCGCAGAGAUGGAGGAGCCCUGAGCGGGGUGACUGGGUUCAACCCCAGAGAAACACAGUGUGGAAUUAAGGCAGUUUGGCACCACUUUAACUGCCAUAGCUCAAUGUUAUGGAAGUCAAGGAGUUGUAGUUUGGCAAGGUCUUCAACUUUCUUGCCCAAGAGUGCUGGUGCCUCACCAAACUACAAAUGCCAGGCUUUCACAGCAUUGCACCAUGACAGUUAAAGUGAAGUCAAUCUGUAUUCUACAGUGUGGAUGUACCCCAGCCUUUGGUCCUCAAGGUUUUGUGAUUUCAAUUCCCAGAACCCCAACCAGAUUUGUUCAUUCUAGAGCUGAAGUCCAAAAAAUGUAGAUGAUCAAAGGUUUGGGACAAUCUGACAAUGGCCAUGGCCAGAAGAAGCGUCCCAUGGUUUGGAUGUCAUCCCAUUUUUUUAUUCUUUAGCAACGGGUUGCUUGGUUGAUGCAUAACUGGAAGUUCUUGUUUUCUUUGAAGGGAAAGUUGUGGUUGUCGAAUGCUUUAUGAUUUUUAGGCUGUGUGCCCUGUGGCUAGGUCAAUGCAUAAUUCCAACACAGGAAGGAUGCAUCCACACCUUAGAUUUAAUGCAGUUUAACACUACUUUGACUGUCACAGCACAGCUCAGUGCUAUGGAAUCAUGGGAUCAUGCCAAAGGCACCAGCACUCUUUGACAGAGAAGGCUAAGGACUUUGUAAAGCUACAAUUCCCAUGAUUCUAUAGCACUGAGCUUUGGCAAUUAGAAGUGGUGUCAAACUGCAUUAAUUCUGGAGUUUAGAUCGAUCUACCUUAGGUUAUUCAAAGGGGGAAAAGAAAUCAAGCAGCAGUUCUGUUGACAUUUUAUCUUUCCCAGCAGAGGUAGCUCUGAGAAGCAACGGCUAUUAUUUUCACUUAUUUAACCCCCAACUCAUUCUGCCCAUUGACAUUAUCCAACUAUAGGGUUAUCUUCUAAAUGCCUUGGCCACAACUUGUGAAAUCCUUACAUUUGUCAUUUGCUAAGACACUAGAUCUCUCUUGCUGGGAAUUCUAAAUAUUGCUCCCUUAAAAUGCAAAUGCCAGUAUUUCAUAGAAUGGGCUGUUGCAGUGAUUCCACUUUAACCGAGUUGCAUGACUGGGUGCCCUCUCUGGGUGUCAAAGCAGCUGAGACUUUUCUGUCUUUUUGCGCUGUUCUCCUACUCUCUGUCCCUUGUUUUCCAGCUGUCUAGGCAGCACAGACAUUGAUAGUAUGUGCAGUCUGGUUGCCCAUUUUCAACUGCUGCUUUUCCAAGAAUGAUCAUGCAAGCCAACAGUGGAUGUUCCUUGCUAUUGUGCACCAACUACCAUCUUGAUUGCUUAGCUUGCUUUCCCAUUUUUACCCUCACAAUGCUGAUAUUAUUAAUUUUUCAGUUCUCGUUUGAAGUGUUAAAGUACGAAUACUAGUAAGAAAGCCAUAGGGUGCUGGAAGAUGCUGGUGGAACACAUUCAGAUUUAAGUUGCUCAACCAGUGCCACAGUUCUAUGUGUGCCUAGGGAUAAGUCACAUUUAGUGGUACUGAUUUCCAGUUAUUACCAUGGGUUUGCAACCUGAGAUAGGCUUCUUGUUGAUCCUGGAUUACCUCCAGUUUUAAUUUUUGCACCAGAGCUGAUUUCCACAAAUGAGGCUUUGUGUGUGAACAUGGAAAUAAAUUUAUAAGACGAAAAAUGAUCUGAAAUCUUGUUUUUUGUGGAUUGUCUGAUGGAUUGGAUUCAUGACUGCAAAUGUGAAAUGUAUAGGUCAGUGCACACUAUAUUUUCUGCUGUAAAAUCCACUGAAAUAUUUUUUGUGGGUUGUAUAUAAUAUCCUUACUUGGCACUUGUGUAUUUUCUACACCACACAUUUUUAAAAUGUCCUUAGUAAUCUGUAAAUACUGUAUUGGCAAAGAUGCUACAUCACAGAUGUUGCAAAUAUGUAAGUGCGAACUGUCUUCUGACUUAUCCCUCCAAGCACUCCUUAAAGGCCAUCAGCUGCACCAAAUUAUAGAGGUUUGUUCUCUUGGUGAUUAGAGUGUGAUUUUCAGCUCCCACAAGGGAACUGUGGUGUGUGAAGAUUUGGGAUCCACUUUCUGAUUGUCACCCCACAGAUUACUGGUGAAAAAGUGCUAGGAAUACUAUCUAUCUCCCUCUUGAUUGUCAGCUAAACAGACCUCCAUUCCUUAUUGUAUUUGCUGGUUGUUCAGGGUGGUUUGAGAAGGACCUUUGUGAUCAUGGCAAUAUUGCCAUUUUUGUAAAUAUACGUACAGAAUGUAUAUGUCUAGUUUAUUCAUUUGUAACUGUUUAACGGGAUGCCAGGCAUUGUAUCCCUGAACUGUCUGUUUUUCCCCAUUUUGUUACUUUUUGUAUUCACAUUUGCUUUUGAGACUGUUGGUUUUAUUGGUGGCUUUGGUGUUGUUGCUGAUGUGCCUUUGAGUAAACCCACUUUCGAUGCCCCUAUCAUAAGAAUUUUCUUUGCAAGAUUUAUUCAGAGGCAAUUUCAUUUGUGUCUCAGAAUGUGUCGCUUGUCCAAGGUAAGCAAGCGGAUUUCUAUGGCUGAAUUUAAAACCUGAUCUAACAGUUGAAUAUUGCUAAAUCAUGCUGACUCUCUUUUUUUUGUAGGCUACCUUUGGAAAAAAAAUGUUUGGAAUGAAGAGUAUACAUUUGUUAAUAAAUAAGAAACAUAUUUCAUACAA